GCUGUGCUGUGUUGUGUUGAGGCGUUCGAUAAAGACCUCUGCUUUGAACAUACAAGACUGCAAACCCAUCUUUGGUUCAUAUUAAGGUUAAAAACUUGUCAACGGGAUGGCAAGUGACUCCCCUCGCAGACCAAGCCGCUGUGCUGGAGGGGUUGUGGUUCGAGCCCAGGCUGCCACUGAGCAGUCAUACAUGGAGAGUGUGGUCACAUUUCUACAGGAUGUCGUCCCUCAGGCAUAUACAGGUACUCCACCAACUGAUGAAAAGGAGAAGAUUGUUUGGGUGCGCUUUGAAAAGGCUGAUCUCAAUGAUGUGUCCCGCUCCCCGGAGUUUCUGGAGAUGCAGGGCAGUGGCAAUGAUCCUCCACUGUGUCUCAUGAUUGGCUACUCGGAUGGUAUGCAGAUUUGGAGCAUAUCGCUGAGUGGAGAGGCACAGGAGCUGUUCUCAGUGCGCCACGGUCCAGUGCGGGCCGCCCGGCUCCUGCCCGCUCCCCAUAUCAGUCCCCUGAAGACGGACAGCUUUGCAGAGAAGAGGCCUCUACUGGGCGUGUGCAAGAGCACGGGGUCCUCAGGGACAAGCCCUCCAUACUGCUGUGUGGACCUCUACUCUCUGAGGACGGGGGAAAUGGUAAAAUCCAUCCAGUUCAAAACCCCUAUUUAUGAUCUACAUUGCAACAAAAGGAUUCUUGUGGUCAGUUUGCAAGAGAAGAUUGCAGCUUUUGACAGCUGCACAUUUACAAAAAAGUUCUUUGUCACAAGCUGCUACCCUUGUCCUGGGCCUAACCUGAACCCGAUAGCUCUUGGGGACCGAUGGCUAGCUUAUGCAGAGAACAAGUUGAUCCGGUGUCAUCAGUCACGUGGAGGAGCCUGUGGAGACAAUGCCCAGUCCUACACUGCUACCGUCAUCAGCGCCGCUAAAACUCUGAAGACUGGUUUGACCAUGGUGGGGAAAGUGGUGACCCAGCUGGCGGGCACGCUGCCCUCUGGCGCCCCUGACGAGGAGGGCUCGCCCCACAGUGCCACGCGGCGAAGCCCCCACGUGCCCGGGGUCAUCACCAUCAUCGACAUGCAGAACGUCGGAGAGGGACAGGUCCUGGUGAGUGACGACUCGGAUGGCGAGGGAAUCGUGGCCCACUUCCCAGCCCAUGAUAAACCCAUAUCCUGCAUGGCGUUCAACCCGAGCGGUAUGCUCCUGGUGACCACAGACUCGUUGGGCCACGACUUCCAUGUCUUCCAGGUCCUGACACACCCGUGGGCGUCCUCUCAGAGCGCCGUGCAUCACCUGUACACCCUCCAUCGGGGAGAGACGGAAGCUAAGGUGCAGGACAUCUGCUUCAGCCACGACAGCCGCUGGGUGGUGGUCAGCACGCUGCGGGGCACCUCGCACGUAUUCCCCAUCAACCCGUAUGGCGGGGCGCCGUGCGCACGCACACACAUGUCCCCGCGCGUGGUCAACCGCAUGAGCCGCUUCCAGAAGAGCGCCGGCCUGGAGGAGAUCGAGCAGGAGCUCAGCAGCAAACAGGGCGGCCGCUGCAGCCCCAUUCCUGGAUUGUCCAGCAGCCCGUCUGGCUCACCGCUGCACGCUAAACUCACCAGUCAGGAGUCCUACAACAACUUCACCAACAACAACAUGGGCAACCCGCGGCUGUCCCCUCUGCCCAUCCUCACCAUUGUGCUGCCCCUGGCGCAGAUCAAGCAGCCCAUGACCCUCGGCACCAUCACCAAACGCACUGGACCCUACCUCUUUGGGGCAGGAUGUUUUUCCAUUAAAACUCCAUGUAAAGCCAAGCCUCCGCCCCAGAUUUCACCCAGCAAGUCCAGCGGAGGGGAGUUCUGCGUGGCAGCCAUCUUUGCCCCUUCUCGCUCCUGGUUCAUCACCAACCCCAACAUGAAGAGGGAGAAAGACCAAUCCCGCCAGUCGGUGGUAGAAUCCCUGUACAUCCUGAGCUGCUAUGGCAACUUGGUGGAGCAUGUCCUUGAGCCGCGUCCGAUCAGCACGGCCCAGAAGAUCAGUGACGACACGCCCCUGGAGCUCAACACCUGUCCUCGGGCCUGCUGGACUUUGGCCCGGACGCCACAGUGGAACGAGCUCCAACCACCUUUCAACAACAACCACCCAUUGGUCCUGGCGUCAGACUUGGUGCAGUACUACCAGUACCUCCUGGCUGGCUUGGUGCCUCCUGGAAGCCCUGGCCCCAUCACACGCCACGAGUCCUACGACAGCCUGGCCUCAGACCACAGCGGGCCAGACGACGAAGAGUGGCUCUCUCAGGUGGAGAUCGUGACCCACACCGGGCCUCACCGCCGCCUGUGGAUGGGCCCCCAGUUCCAGUUUAAGACCAUCCACCCGUCAGGCCAGACCACGGUCAUCUCCUCUAGCUCGUCUGUGCUGCAGUCCCAGGGCCCCUCCGACUCCCAGCAGCCCCUGCUAGACUUCGACACCGACGACCUGGACCUCCACAGCCUGAGGAUCCAGCCAGUGCGCUCAGAGCCAGUGAGCAUGCCUGGCUCCUCUCGGCUUGUGGCCGAUCGGAGAGGCCAGUCCAUUGAUACGGGAUCAGGAACGUUCGACAGGAGCGUGACCCUGCUGGAGGUGUGCGGCAGCUGGCCCGAGAGCUUCGGCCUGCGUCACAUGACCCCAGCCGACACCACGGAGGAGGGCCUCAGGGAGAGGCUGGCCGACGCCAUGUCUGAGUCGCCCAGCAGGGACAUCGUGGGCUCCGCAACAGAGUUGCAGAGGGAGGGGAGCAUUGAGACCCUCAGCAACAGUUCUGGAUCUACUAGCGGCAGCAUCCCCCGCAACUUCGAGGGCUAUCGCUCGCCGCUGCCCACCAACGAGAGCCAGCCGCUCAGUCUCUUCCCCACCGGCUUCCCCUGAGACCCCCGCACGCUUCUCCUGAGACCUCCCACACACACACACACACACACACACACACACACACACACACGGAGAGAAGGAUCUCCUACCCCCCUGGACCCCACCACCACCAUCCCUCCUCUUGCUGCCCCCUGAUCGCCCGCCAGACAAUCGUGAUGUUUAAGACAUACCCAUCAUCCUAGGGGGAUCACACACAUGGGAUGUUUCUCUAUGAGGCCAUCACUCACCCCUCCUCUCCUCCCCCUUUCCCCCUUUCUUCUUUUGUGUCUUUUUCAUCCUUUCUUCACCCCAACCCUGACCACUGCCCAGUUGAUCCCAGGAUCCCAGCCUCCCAAUGGUCGAUAAGGCAACAUCUCAAGUCAGGAUGAAUGAAUAAGGAUGACCCUGUCUCCCAGCGCUAUGCUACGCUACGCCGUAACUGAAUAACUUCAUGUUAACUUGUGUUACAACAGCACUCAUAGGUGUUGUAUGUCGUCAUAGGAUGAAUUAUUCCCUUCUGUUCCAGUAAAUGAGAGAGACAGAGAGGAAGAGAGAUAGAGAGAUACAGAUAUGUGAUAUUUUUGUCUGAUGUUGAUAGAAGGGAUCAUUUUGUUCCACUCACCUGUGGAUGUGAGCCACCAUUGAUAUCAUCAUCAUCAUCAUCAUCUCCUCUUAUACAGUAUGUGACCGUUUCCACGACUCAAUGACUGAAUAGACAUGCUUGUGGGACUGUCUGUGUGUGUGUGUGUGUGUGUGUGUGUGUGUGUGUACUGAUUACCUCUACACUGAGCGUGAGCAUGAAGUCAUGCGAUCGUUAGUGUUUACUUUAAACGGAUCCAGCAGCGAGUCAGGCUGAGCUGAGGGUUGGCUGGCGUGGUGGUGGUGGUGGUGGUGGUGGUGUUUGUUGUUGAAGCGCUUGCUGCUGAUGCUGCCGCUGCUCCUCGUCUCUCAGAUGUGUAAUUGUAAUUGCCUUCAGGUGAUACUCUACCUUUUCCUCAGACAUGUUUUUUUUUUGUUUGGAAACACAUUUCAAGUUGAAAACAGAUGAAGGCAUAAUCAGACAGGCAAGACAUGAAUUGCAGAUCCUCAGUCGCAAUUUAGAAUUGAGUUAGCCCCUAUAGUAGCUUAGCCAGGUGCCCUUUUUAAAUCAUUCUGUUAUUUCAUACAUACGCAUGGCUUACUAAGACAUCCGUUUUUAUUGAUUUCUUCUUUUUUCCUCUUCUUGUGAACCUGAUAUUGUUCAGCAAAUUUCUUUGUAUUCCUUGCUCCAUGUGCAGAGGUAUGGAUUUCAUAUUGUAAGAUUUUUGAGCCUUUGUGGGUGAUUUAUUUUCCGUUGCUGUAAUUAUAUUUCAGAUUUUUUUUUAGGAUGUAUUCAAUCCUUUGAUUUGUUUAUUCUUACAUGGGUUGCUUUUGUUUUGUUUUUUCAUAAGGGAUUUUAAAUUAGCUAUUUGGAGCCUAUUCAUGUUAAAGUAGGAGCCAUGGUCCUAACACCAAAAGUCUUGUGGUGCAUGGGUGGUCCUUUAGCCUGAUACCUGGUGUUUAAUCAGGUUUUACACACACACACACACACACACACACACACACACACACUUACACAAUUGGCUAACUACCAGCUCACUUUUAAGUUCACACCAAUAUCUCCAAGCUGAGCUGACAUAACUUGCACUAAUUUUAAAACUGUUUCGAUAUCAACAUGAAAUUAUGAAAUUAUGUUUAAUUUCCGAAGUAGAUCUACCAUUUACCACAGAUUUACAGCCUCAACACUUAGCCAAGUAUGCUAGUGCAGAGGACAGUUACAAAUAAAAAGUGCCCCAUGUUGAUUGUACAUGACCUAGCAAUGCAUGUAUUAGAUAAAAAUGAAUGGCUUUGAGUGUUACAGAGGAGAGAGGGGAGAAUUUUAUGCUUGUUAGUGUAUGGCUUUAAUAGUGGCUUAAAGGGGCAUGAGGUGUAUCUGUGAAUGAAGCACCAGAGAACUGUAAACAUUUUUUUCUUUGCUUUGUUUGUUUAAACGUUGAAUGUUAUUGCCCCCUCCUUAGCCAUGAAUCUGCGCAAGUGACAUGAAAAGACUUCAGAAAAAAAGGCCUUUUGUCUGUUCUUUGAAGACAACGAUGGACACAUACCUAUAUAUUUUUAAAUAGUAAAUUUCACAGCUUUUUUCCAUUUUAAUGUGUAAUAUAUCUUAAUAGCGCAUUGUGUGUACUGAGCAAUGGCAUUACUGCGUGUUAAUAAAAAGGAAAAUAUUGUAAUGACAUGUUGAGCAAAUUUUGUAUUGAGAAUAAAUGCUUCCUUCUUCUCACUUUGGUGUCUUAGCUUGGCCAGUCAGGAUUGCUGUCCUCCACAAUCUCUCAUACUCAUCUCCAGGCUGUUGUGACUUUCUAAGUGUUUUUGUUUUUAAACAUGCACUAAUUCCAUUUCAUUGGCUAUUCUUUCUUUUUUUUGUCAAGUCCCACUACUGUCUGUAAUUAGCUUUCCUUCCAUUAAAAUACUAAUGUCAAAUGAUUUGUAAGAGAAUUAAACAGAAAAUAUUUC